UGCAUGACCUUACGGCGUAGGGAGGGAAAAUUCUGUAUCUGACUGUUAAUAUGUCUCCUGGUUGUUUCUUAAUUCCAGUGACGAAUAGAGUUACGGGAUAUGACUUUUGGGGGAGAGUUCGCUUUCAAUCUAUAUAGGUUUUUUUGUUUGUUGUUCAUGGGCGCCUCCCCGUUCCUUCCUGCGAUUUCGCCUUGCAUGCGUGGUUCCCCAGGUUGGCUGCUUUGGGAAUGGCGCUGCCCUAAUGGCCAUGUUAGGGUACUAUGCGUCCACGUGAUGUGGCAUUGAUGACCUCAUCGUUUGAUACCUUUGCUGCCGAUAACGAUUAGAUAAGGAUCGAUAAGUUAAAUGACGAUUGCUUGAUU